AUGUCUGACAACUCCAACAACAAGCCCUCUACUCUCCAGUCCUACAUCGACUCCGCCACCGGUGCCGUCCAGAAUGCCGUGGGCAGCUUGACGGGCAGCUCAGGCGAUCAGGCCAAGGGCGAGCUUCGCCAGGACAAGGCUCAGGCCGAGUACGACGCUUCACAAGCAGCAGUCAAGCUCCCCGGUGGCACCAUUGGCAGCACAGGUGCCUUCGCCAAGGAUGACCCCAACAGGACCGAGGGUUCAUGGAACCAGACCGUUGGUGCCGCUAAGGAGACACUUGGUGGUCUUGUCGGCAAUGAGUCUCUGAAGUCGUCAGGCCGUCAACAGAACCUCGAGGGUCAGCAGCAGGAAGCAAAGGGCCAGCUGCACGACUACGGCCAUGGAAUUGGUGAUCGUGUCCAGGGAACAGUCGGCAGUGCCGUCACUGGCCUCACCGGAGACACUUCCGGCCAGGUACACUACGAGGAGCUGCACGAUAAGGGCAAGACACAGCAGCGUGGUGCCGAGCACGACAUCCAGAAGCAAGGCGAGGCCAACUACUAA